GUCACAACUCUGCUGUUUGGUUACUGGAGCGACAGCUGUUUUUUCCUGUUGUGUUUUUUUUUGUUUGUUCACAAGGAAUUUUUAAUGACUAAUUGAUAUAACCCCAGUUAAUAAAUGUAUAACGAAAGUGAAAUACUGCCGCCUCUUGAGGCACUUCCACAAAUACCAAUAGUCACAUCGGUUGCCUGUAGCUUCAUUUUAGCUGUGGUCUAUGUGGGCAGCUUGUAUGUUUGGGACACGAAAUACAAUCGGGAUCAUCCCACAACCAUUAAACGACGCUUUGCCAGCGUCUCGGUUGUGAUGCUUUUUGCACCGUUUUUCGUGUAUUUCUAUUCGUCGCCAGAGUUGCUGCAACGCGAACCGUUCCCUAAACUGCUGGGUUUCCGGCUACCAGGAUUAUGGCAAGCUACUGUGAUACCUUAUCUGUUGACUGCGCUGCUCUACUUGGGCCCCAUAUUUGUUAACAUGCAGAAUGAAUCCUUUCGUUCAUAUUUUGACUUGGAUUUUUGGCGAGGCUCGUUCAGCAACAUCAUCUGGAUACGCAACCAUGUGAUGGCUCCUUUGAGUGAAGAGUUUGUCUUUCGUGCCUGCAUGAUGCCACUCAUCCUGCAGAGCUUUACACCGCUCACAGCUGUGUUCAUUACGCCUCUUUUCUUUGGCGUCGCCCAUCUACAUCACAUUGCGGAGCGUCUGAGCAUGGGCAUGGAGUUGAGCACCUCGCUGCUCAUCGGUUUGUUUCAGUUCACCUACACCACAUUGUUCGGCUUCUAUUCGGCCUAUUUGUUUGCCCGCACCGGGCAUGUGAUUGCUCCUCUGUUGGCUCAUGCAUUGUGUAAUUACAUGGGACUGCCUGAUGUUCAGGAUUUGUGGCAACAGGAUCAGUGGAAGCGCGUGGUAGCGAUCAUUUUGUACCUGGUUGGGUUUGCUGGCUGGAUUUAUCUGCUGCCCAUUGCGACUGAGCCGUCGCUCUACCAGAAUAGGCUUUAUUGGAAUGUUUAAGAGAAGUCGAUUGGAUUUAGUCAAAUGUUAUAUUGUUGCCAUAUUCGAGAAUUUGUUGUCGCACACGUAUGUACAUAUUUAUUUAUGUAUCACAUCAUAAGUCAUAUCAUCUACAAUAAGUCUUCCGUUACAUGAAUGAAUAAAAAAUAUGAAAUU